GCUCCCAACUUCUCGACUCGCCCUCCUCCUCCCCAGAGCGAGAGUGGGGCAGGCUGAGCCCGGAUCCGGGGUGCACUCGAGUGUUCCCAGCACUCGGGAUUCGCCCCCGCCUCAGAGCCGACUUUCGAGGGGGAAUUGAGCCUCGGAGGUCCAGGCCUGUUAGUCCAAAGCUCAAAUCGGCCCCGGUCUUUCCAUACCCCUGUGCCCGUCGCGUGCUGGCCGGGUGAGUGGCCGGGCCGAAGAUUCGAGUGCUCGGGGCCGCGUCGCCCCGUCGGGUGCUGAGCUGAGCCCACCAUGGCUGGCUGCUGCUGCCUGUCUGCGGAGGAGAAGGAGUCGCAGCGCAUCAGUGCGGAGAUCGAGCGGCAGCUUCGUCGGGACAAGAAGGACGCGCGCCGCGAGCUCAAGCUGCUGCUGCUGGGAACUGGUGAAAGUGGGAAAAGCACCUUUAUCAAGCAGAUGAGAAUUAUCCAUGGGUCUGGUUACAGUGAUGAAGACAGAAAGGGGUACACGAAGCUGGUUUACCAAAACAUAUUCACCGCCAUGCAAGCCAUGAUCAGAGCGAUGGACACGCUAAGGAUACAAUAUGUGUGUGAGCAGAAUAAGGAAAAUGCCCAGAUAAUCAGAGAAGUGGAAGUGGACAAGGUCUCCAUGCUCUCCAGGGAACAGGUGGAGGCCAUCAAGCAGCUCUGGCAAGAUCCAGGCAUCCAGGAGUGUUAUGACAGGAGGAGGGAGUACCAGCUGUCGGACUCUGCCAAAUAUUACCUGACUGACAUCGACCGCAUCGCUACACCAUCAUUUGUGCCGACACAACAAGACGUGCUUCGCGUCCGAGUGCCCACCACCGGCAUCAUCGAGUAUCCAUUUGACUUGGAAAACAUCAUCUUUCGGAUGGUGGAUGUUGGUGGCCAACGAUCGGAAAGACGGAAAUGGAUUCACUGCUUUGAGAGUGUCACCUCCAUUAUUUUCUUGGUUGCUCUGAGCGAAUAUGACCAGGUCCUGGCUGAGUGUGACAAUGAGAACCGCAUGGAAGAGAGCAAAGCCUUAUUUAAAACCAUCAUCACCUACCCCUGGUUUCUGAAUUCGUCUGUGAUUUUAUUCUUGAACAAGAAGGAUCUUUUGGAAGAGAAAAUCAUGUACUCUCAUCUAAUUAGCUAUUUCCCAGAAUACACAGGACCAAAGCAGGAUGUCAAAGCUGCCAGAGACUUUAUCCUGAAGCUUUACCAAGAUCAGAAUCCUGACAAAGAGAAAGUCAUCUACUCUCACUUCACGUGUGCUACAGAUACAGACAACAUUCGCUUUGUGUUUGCUGCUGUCAAAGACACAAUUCUACAGCUAAACCUAAGGGAAUUCAACCUUGUUUAAAAGCUGCUGCCCACUCCUCCCCCAUAACAGAAGAUGUGAUUUGCAAACUCCUUGUUUUAUUUGCAAGUGCUUCUGACAUCUCCAGAGCCAGCCCCGUGCCAGGCACUAAGGACGCCAUGCAGAUCGUGGAGACAGAGAUGGGUGAUGGAACUUGGAAGACAUUUGAGUUUACCAAAAUACUUUAAAAGUCUUUGCAUCCCAAAUUGUUUUAAUAAUUAUUUUCUUGACUUUUGGCUGUAAGAUUUUGUGUAAUUUUUGAAUUUGGUGUUUUCUAGAAUUUUUAAAGGCCACUUUGAUUUAGUUUUAAAUUUCAAAUAUGUUUAAAAAUAGCAAUUAAAAUUAUGUAAGCAAGGAGCCUGUUUAUAGAUCAUGCCUUGAAACCUCUAGAACUAAUUUGGGUGACUUUUUAAAAAAUGCUAAUGAGUCUGAAGCUUUUCAUUAAAUCUUGUAAUUUAGAGACAUUUUUAAUUUUCACCUCAUGCUGCUGAAGGCUGACUCCUUUAACUUGCCACCAAAGAUUUUUUUUUUUGAACACUUAGUUCUUUUUGUGUGUUAAUUUUCUAAGCCAAAUUAAUAGAUAUACAAGUAUAUGUAACUUAGCUUUGCCACAAUUUGAUCACCAUGAAGCCAAAGCUGGCAUAGAGUAAUGGGCUCUAGAUAGCAUGUAUGUUGUAUUGGUGAAAAAUGUGUGUGUGUGUAUAUAUACAUUUUUAUCCCCAAUGUAUAGUAUAUGACUAGGUCUUGUAAACGUAUGAAAUGGCUAAAAGCCCACACUGUUUGACAAAUGUUAUGUAACCCUGCCAAAGUUCUGAUGGCCACCACAGAUUUGCUGUUUGAAUUAUGUAUGCUGUGCCUUUCUGAGGAGGCUAAGAAUAUACCAUUCUGCUAUUA